AUGAUGGCCGCAAAAGUAAUGCCUGAGACUGAAGAGCAGAGUAGAAUAAGGUUUCAAGUGGAACUUGAGUUUGUCCAGUGUUUGGCAAAUCCAAAUUACAUACAUUUUUUAGCGCAAAGAGGAUAUCUUAAAGAACAGACAUUUGUUAAUUACUUGCGAUACCUUCAGUACUGGCGUGAACCUGAAUAUGCACGCUACCUUAAAUAUCCAAUGUGCCUUCAUUUCCUUGAAUUGCUACAACAUGAAGCCUUUAGAAGGGAAUGUGUGUCAGCUCAGGUUUGCAAAUUCAUGGACGAUCAAGCGAUUUUGCUUUGGCAACAUUAUACGAGGCGGCGAACACGAACUUUGCAACCGCCCGACACUCCAGCGCCUCCCGCACCGCCAGCUGCUCAACAGGGACCUCCGCGACAACAGUCGUGA